AUGACAAAAUGGCUUUAUCUUGUAGCUUUAAUAGCUAUAGCCUAUGCUGCUCCUGAUCCAUCUACUUUCGAGAAGCAAGUUGCAGGAGCUUCUGUUACAAAUCCAGCUGAUCAAGAGAAAGCCAAGCAAGAACUAGCAAAAUUCAGAGAAGUAGCUGAAGGAAUCUUAGAAAGGCUAGGAAUUCCAGAAGAAGGCAGAGAGCUGAGAAGAGCUCCAAGCACCGGAUUCGGAAGCGAGGAUCUCAACUCUAUUAUCAAUGAUAAUGGAGCUAACAGAGUUGAUCUCCAAGGAAUCGCUUCUGGACAAAUCGCUGGAUUGGCUCCAAUUCCAGUACCUGGAUUCCCAGGACCACAAGACGUUCCAGCCAUUCCAGGAGUUAACACUAUCCCAGGAUUGAGCAAUUUUAACUAUCUUAUUGGACAACUUGUUCCUCAAAUUAUCCCUCCAGCAAACACACUCCUAGGAUCUUCUAUCAGCAGAAUCUUGCCAAAGGAAUCAGCUAAAAACUUGGCCAAGGAUGUUUUCAGAGCCGUUCACCCAGCUGCAGAGAAUGUUGAUACUGCCCGCAUGAUGGGAAGAUGGUUCCAAGUUAUAACUUCUCCUCAUGUCAUUAAGGAGGCUUGUGCCAUUACUCACUUUGGAGCCCUCACAAACAGCAGCUACUCUGCCGCCUUCACUAUUCUUAAGUUCUACAGAGAAGGAAAUCCAAACGGCCCACCAAGAUACUCUCUUGGUUAUGGAUUCAAAUCUGGAGAAACUGGACAAUUCGUCUUGCACAGCAGCAACUCCCCAGACGCUGAACCAUUCUGGGUUAUCAAGAAAGGACCACUCAAUGAGUACAAUCAGUAUGAUUACGCCGUCAUCUCAACAUGGGUUAGAUUCCCAGUCUUCGUUAUUGCUAGAGAUCCUCAACGUUUCCGUGAGAAGCACAUGAAGGAUGUUCUUCAAUUCUUAGAAGAUAACAAUUACAUCAACGUCAUGACCAAAGCUUUCAACAUGAUUUCACCAGUAGAUUAUGAAGCUUGCCAAUACACACCAACGUUCUCUGGAGCAGGAAAGUAA